AUGCGUCGGGCGGUGUUUGGCGUUCUCAUGCCGCCGCUGCCACCGCACGACUCGCCUCUCGGGUUUGACGUGCGAUGGCAGGGCCUCUGCUGUCCAAAUGACGUGCAGCUCAGCGUCGAGCAGAGGACAGCAAACACUCACACGCAAGCAGGCACCACCAGACGCUCCCUCCAGCAGCAGAGCAGUCUCAAAGAAGCACGUGUGAUGUUUGACGUGACUGAUGACGAGAUCUCGCGCGAUCGCGAGUUGCUUCCUGAAGAUCCGGAGAAGGAUCAGACUGUGGUCGAGCCACAGGAGACCCCCUCCUCCACAUCCUCCUCCACCUCCAAGGAGGAGGUGAUAGUGGCGGAAUUCUUCAAUGACCUCCAGGACCAGUCCGCGGAGAAGGAGACUGCGCCCCCAGACCUCUCCCAACCCAGCUCGGUGGAGCCCCAGGAGGACACCGUAUCCACCGUGUCGGAUGCCUGCCCAGGUCCCUCCACCAGCAGGGGGGCUCUGCAAGAGGACCUCCCUCAAGGCCCCGAUGCAGAGGCCUCGUCGUUCCAGCCUCCUGGCCCCAUUUUCGCGUGGUCAUCCUCCUCGGCCUCCACCGAAUAUCUCCGCCUCUCCGCCACCCGCUCCUUCUCCCCCUCCUGCCUCUCCCUGAAUCCCUCCCCUUCCCCUCCUCACAAUCUUCACAAUGUGCAAGGGAAACUGGAGAACCUGAUGGCACUGCAGAACAAGCAGGUGGAGGACCGACAAGAAGAUCCGAUGAGCUUCCGCGCCCACCUCCAGCAUGUUGUGGUGAUGAAGAGGCAGCUACAGCAACUGAGCACCAGGCUCGGCGAACUAGAAGAGAUGUUGCUAGUAAAUUAAUACGAUUUGUUGUUGUUGUUUUUGAAUGUAUUUAUUUCAUUGUCAAUUGUU